CUGGAAGACACGCCGCCGAGAUUUGCCAACUUCAUUACGCAGAACUGAACACCCUUAUCAAUGAUAAAUGUUGAGAAAAUCAUUAUAAUAUAGAAUAAUAUAAGUACAUUGAUAUUGAGUCACUCAUGAAAGACAGGGUGGUUUUUCCAGAGAUUCGUGGACGGCAAUAAAUAGUGAAGCAGGGCAAUGGAAUUGGGCAGGCAACUGUUGGUAAAGAUGAGGAAGAGGCGGAAGGGCGAGUUCACCUCAGUUCCUGUAAUAGUGCAGGGCCUCGAGAUCCACUUCUACCUGGAAGACUCUCACCAGCUGGAGUUUCUCCGGGGUUGUUACACUGCUGAGGAGCUGUGCACAGAGGCAGCCAAGAAGUGCGGCAUUUCCCCUCUUUGCUUCAAUUUGUUUGCCCUGUAUGACGAGGUCAGGAAAAUCUGGUUCCCUCCUAAUCACACCUUCAAUGAAAGCACCCGCUUAAAGCUCCACUAUCGCAUGAGGUUCUACUUCACCAACUGGCAUGGUGCGAAUGAAAGUGUGCCACGUGUUUGCAGACACGCCCUCGAGAGAAAGAACAGAAAUGGGCCGAAGACCGAACCAGGGGGUAGUCCGCUCCUCGACGCUGCCUCACUGAAGUAUCUGUUUGCCCAGGGUCAGCAUGACUUCUUGAAGGGGCAGGCCGCACUGCGUAGCCCUGAGAAUGAAGAGGAGGUCCACUAUAUUGAGAAUGAGUGCCUGGGGAUGGCAGUGUUGUCUAUAGCACACCAUGCCCUGGACAACAACAUCGUCAUCCCCGGUGUAGCUGGUCAGAUCAGCUAUAAGAAAUUUAUCCCAGAUAGCGUGAACCAAAUCAUCAAGCAGCGCAACGUCCUGACACGACUCCGUAUCUCCCGGGUGUUCCAGAACUUCCUCAACGAGUUCAACAACAAGACAGUGCAGAGCAACAACGUCAACACCCACGACAUCAAGGUCAAAUACCUAGCUACGCUGGAAACGCUGACCUGUGGGUUCGGCUGUGAGGAGCACGAGCCUAAAGAGCUCCGUGUGACGGACAGCGAAGGGGAGAUCCAAGGAACACCAACUUCCUGUAACCAGGGUCAGCCCACCCAGUACCAAGUCGUUGUGUCUGGAAAUACAGGGAUCAAGUGGCGGAGGAAGCAACAGAAUGUGACAAAUGCAUGGACUGCCAAAGAGAAUAAAAAAUACCCAAAGUACAAAACCAACAUCAACGGGAAGAACAAACCAGCUCAAGGCGUUUCGAACGACUGGAAAACCUUCUCCGAUUUCCAUGAGAUCACACACAUCAACAUCAAGGGCUCCACAGUGACUGUCCACAAGCAAGACAACACAAAGAUGGAACUGAGCCUGGGUUUCCACGCAGAGGCGUUGUCUUUUGCCACCCUCAUUGAUGGAUACUUCCGUCUGACUGUGGACGCACAUCACUUCCUGUGUACAGAUGUGGCCCCCCCCUCUGUGGUGCGGAACCUGCAGGAAGGCUGUCAUGGUCCAAUCAGCAUGGACUACACCUCCCACAAGCUGCGUCAGGAGGGCGAGGUGGAGGGAACGUACGUGCUGCGCUGGAGCUGCAUCGACUAUGACCACAUCCUCCUGACUGUCACAUGCAACGAGGUGGACCUGACCGAUAGAGAUCCGUACCGUAGCUUUAAGAUCAAGGUAGGGCCGGAGGGCUACAGCCUGAACGGUACGGACCUGAGGCAGCCCUCCCUCAGGGAGCUGAUUGAACAGCUGAGGGGCCAGACUCUCAGGACAGACAGAAUCACCUUCCAGCUCCGCAAGGCCUGCCCUCCCCAGCCCAGAGAAAUCUCUAACCUUCUGCUUGUGACAAAGAGAGAGGCGGAGCCGACACACCCCAUACAGAGUCAACUCAUCUUCCACAGGAUCCUCAAAGAGGACAUAUUGCAGGAGGAGCACUUGGGCUGUGGCACCAGAACUAACAUCUAUGCUGGCAAAUUGAAGAUAAAGAGUGAGGAAGAGACGGAUGUGUGGGGUUCCCAAACCCACCACCAGGUCAAAGUGGUCCUGAAAGUGCUAGGGUCCCAACACAGGGACAUCUCUAUGGCUUUCUUUGAGACGGUCAGUAUGAUGCGUCAGGUGUCCCACCAACACAUUGCUCUGCUGCAUGGCGUCUGUGUUCGCAACCAGGACAAUAUCAUUGUGGAGGAGCAUGUGAAGCUGGGUCCUCUGGAUGUAUUCAUGCAGGGGCGUCGUCUUCAACUCAGCACCUCCUGGAAGUUCCAGGUGGCCAAACAACUGACCAGAGCCCUCAGCUACCUGGAGGAUAAGAAGCUGGUCCAUGGUUAUGUGUCUGCUAAGAACAUCCUAGUGGAGCGGGAAGGCCUGGAGGGAGAGACUGGGCCCUUCAUCAAACUCAGUGGCCCUGGGGUCCCCAUCUCCGCACUCAACAGACAAGAGUGUGUGGAGAGGAUCCCGUGGAUCGCCCCAGAGUGUGUGGAGAGGAUCCCGUGGAUCGCCCCAGAGUGUAUGGAGAACAGCCAGGCCCUGAGUGUUGCGGUGGAUAAGUGGGGUUUCGGCACCACGCUGUGGGAGAUCUGUUACGAGGGAGAGGCUCCUCUCAAAGACAGGACACUCAUAGAGAAGGAGAUGUUCUACUCGGCCCAGUGUUCCCUGGUGACCCCAGACUUCCCUCAGCUGGGUGAGCUCAUCACCAAAUGCAUGACCUACGACCCCAAGAGGAGGCCCUUCUUCAGGGCCAUCGUCAGGGAUGUCACCGGGUUGGCUGAGCAGAACCCAGCCCUGCCUCCUGGUAGGGUGCCCAUCCAGGAAGUGGACCCCACCGUGUUUGAGACCAGGUUCCUCAGGAAGAUCAAAGACCUGGGCGAGGGUCACUUUGGCAAGGUGGAGUUGUGUCAGUAUGACCCCCGUGGGGACGGCCGAGGGCAGCUGGUGGCGGUCAAGUCUCUGAAGCCAGAGAGCAGAGGGCAGCUGUGGAGAGAGAUAGAUACCAUGAGGGAGCUCUACCACCACAACAUCGUCAAAUACAGAGGAGUGUGUAGCGAGGAGGGUGGGAGGACCACUAAGCUGAUCAUGGAGUACCUGCCAGCGGGGAGCCUUAAGGAAUAUCUGCCCUGGAGGAAACACCAGACUGACCUCAAGAGACUUCUCCACUACGCCCUCCAGAUCUGCCAGGGAAUGGAUUACUUGGGAUCCCAGCGGUUCAUCCACCGGGAUCUGGCGGCCCGGAACGUUCUGGUGGAGAACGAGAGCACAGUGAAGAUUGGAGACUUUGGCCUGACUAAGAGCAUGAAGGAGGACAAGAGUUACUACACCGUCAAAGAGGAGACCGACAGCCCUGUGUUCUGGUAUGCUCCUGAGUGCCUGGUGGACUGUAAGUUUUACCCUGCGUCUGACGUGUGGUCCUUCGGAGUGACCCUGUAUGAGCUGUUGACCUACUGUGAGACAAGCAGCAGUCCUACCACGGUAUUCUUGGAGAUGCUUCGUCCAACCCAGGGUCAGAUGACUCUCACCCGAUUGGUGGAAGUGCUGAUGUCCGGCAGGAGGCUGCCCUGUCCACCUCGCUGCCCAGACGCGGUAUACUCUCUGAUGAGGAGGUGUUGGGAGAGUUCCCCGGAGAACAGGAUUCAGUUCAAAGGCCUGAUCACAGAGCUGGAGCUGCUGCUGAACGAGAUGCAUGGAGGAGAUAGACUGGCUGUCUGACCUGACAAAGCUCACACAUAGAUGGAUAGAUAAUAAUAUAAUUCAUAUUAUAAUAAUAAUAUAUAUGCCAUUUAGCAGACACUUUUAUCCAAAUAGAUAGAUAGACGGGUGGAUGGAUGGAUGAAAACACAGCCAGCAAAGAUGGACAUACAGACAAAGACAUACAGAAAGCACAGACAAAAGCU